AUUUCAGGCUUUUUGGGUAUACAUUGUAAGUUUACCAGUAAUACUUAUAAAUUCUCCAAGGCACAAAAUUCCACCGGCUCCAAAAACAAUGACAACCUUAGAUAGUGCUGGAACUGGAAUGUUUUUUGUUGGUCUAUUAGCAGAAACGUAUGCUGAUCUUCAAAAAUUUUCAUUUCGACAAGAUCCAGCGAAUGAUGGAAAGUGGUGUAAUGAUGGUUUGUGGAGACUUUCUAGACAUCCAAACUACUUUGGAGAGAUUACUGUUUGGUGGGGAAUCUUUAUUAUAUCUUUAAAUGUCAUAGAGGGAUUAGAAUGGAUUGUUAUUGCCUCCCCUAUAUUUACAACAUUAAUUAUACUCUUUCUCUCUGGAAUGCCUCUUCUUGAAAAAUCCUCAGACGAAAGAUAUAGAGAGUAAGUAAUACAAUAUGCAAUAGGAAUUUUUAUUUAAUUCUUUUCGUAAUAUAUUCUGUUCCUGCUUGAAGUUUGUUGAUGCGGCCUACUCGCUUAUUUUUAUAAAAAUUUUAUAAUUCGUAAUAAUAAUUUUUGAUGUCAAUACAAUUCAUUUUUGACAAUUAUUUAAUAAAAUGUUUUAGGGUCACUUGGGGUAAAUAGAAACAGAUUUGCUAAGUUUCACCAAUAACAAGUUUUUUCUUUCAAAUCGCAAUUCUUUUGGUUUUUUGUGCAUGGAGUUAUUAUUCAACUUCCGUGGAACAAUUUUAUAGGGUAGUAGAAAAUAUGGGUAUCAUUAAAUCGCAAUUAUUAACUGUUUCUAUUUAGCCCUAAAUUUUUCAACUUUGCUAAAAUUUAGGGGUAAAUAUGAAACAGUUAUUAUUUCUUACAAAAUUUAAGAAAAAAUCAAUUUCAAGUAUGAAAAUGUUAAAAGAUACAAAGAAUUACAUAAAAAAUGGUGUUAGUUAUAAAAUAAUUCAAACUAUUAAAUAAUAAUGCAUUAAAUAAAAAACAAAACAAGUCUAUAUUUGUUAAAUACUAUGUACCGAUGAUAAUAUAAAUGGAUACUAUUUUCAAUACAUUUUUAUAAUGCUGGAAAUAGUGUUGUAAUUUGAUAGAAACAAUUUUCUUUGUCUCUCUGAUAUGAAAAAUAUUGUUUGAAUUUCCGUUUCUAUUUACCUCGAAUUUCCUGUUUUUAGGGGUAAAUAGAAACAGUCUCCUAUUUUUAAUUGAAUUUUGCGAAAUGAAAAAAUCAAAGUUAAUUUUUGUUGUAGUAUGAAUAUAAGAUAAUUAUAAAUAAAAAUAUAAAUUUUUAGUUUAUUUUUUUCCAAAUACGAGUCAAAAAAGUGAAAGGGUGUCUUCUUUGAUUUUAAAUUUUUUAUGCAAUAGGAAAUAACUUUGUUUAUACUGCUGCUAAUUGACAAACGGAAAAUGGGAAAAUAGUUAGAACUUGUUAGGGGUGAUCUAUGGUUCCAGGUUUAAGGCAGUAUUUAUUAUUAAAAUUUUUUAUUUAACUGAAAUAACUACUGUUUUGAUUUACCCCUAGUUUCUAUUUACUCUAACUGACCCUAUAUUUUAACAUUAUAAUUUAAACUAGCUAAAAGAAACGCGCGUAAACGCGCGUGGUAUCUAUAAUUUUUUAUAAAAAAUUAAAAAUUUAUUUUUAUUUGACGAAAAGUUAUCGGAAUAUUGAUCUCACAAAAUUAAUAAUGUUAUUUUUGAAAUCGUUACUGUAUUACUAUUUCAACAUUAUGGUGUUAUAAUAAUAUAAUACCUAUUAUUGCGCAGUAAAUGUGACCUUUAAAUUUUGUACUCAAAUAAAGAUUAUAUGCUACGAUAAUCGAAUUGUU